UCUCCUGCCUCACCCAUCUUAAUAUUGGGUUUUCUAAACCACCAUCCCUCUCUCCUCUGUGUUAAUCUCUGUCACUCCCUCUACAGUCGGCUCUCUCUCAGUGCUCGAAACCCUAACCCUAUUUCCUAGUUCGAAUCUCUGCAACUCAAUGUUUGGGACCUUCUAUGAACGCCUAUGCUUUGCUUAAUGGCUUCAAAUCUCACCUUGGUGGUGAUGGAGAUGUUGUGGUUGUUUUGAAAUCUGGGGCUUUGGUGGUAUUCAGGCGAAACGAAGCCGCCAUGGAAUCUAGUUUUCAAGGAGAGAGCCAACCAUUUUCAGGCGAUGGCUUUGGAUAUGACCAUCGGCAAGCACCUAUGAAAAGUAUGCAUGCACAAGGGGAAUCACAGGUAAAAAGGAGCGAUAAUGAUGGUUCUAAGGAGGUCAGUGAUAUAAAUACUUGUAGUGAGGAAGAUGAAAAUGGGAGGUUGGGAAGCCCGAAUGCAAAUAAAAGAAAUAUUGGUUCUGAACCAUCAGAGGAAGAAACAAAAUUAUUCUAUAAUGAAUAUACAAGGCCAAUGCGGUUUAGCAUGUGCAUGGGAAAUAUGAAAAAAACACAACGUGAAGGGUCGUGUGCUCUGGUAGAUUUCUAUGUUCAGGAGAAUGAUUUUGUACAAAGAAAGUUGGUAGUGGAAAACCUACUCGGAAGGUACUUACACAAAAGUUAGUAAGAGUUGGUUUCAAAGCAAUGAUGAAAAUAUGUAAGAAAGAUAUUGACAAGUGGGUUGUUACACGUUUUAAGAGAUACCACAAUCAUAUAUUUGUGAGCCCAAGUAAUGUGCAUUGUCUCCGAUUACAUCGGACUAUUUUUUAAUGUAAUAAAAGUAUUAUCAAUAUCUUUCAUAAAGCAAGGAUUCCUACUAAUAAGAUUAGGAAUGUAUUUUGUGUAA